GUACAUAAAAUAUAGUGACCGCCGCGACAACGUGAAGAAACACGCGCAUUGAACGAUACGACGUGGCCACCGCACGAACGCAUCGCACACGCGCCGAAUACAGUUAUUAUAAUUCUAUAUUAUAUUCAUAUUGUUAUAUUAUUAUAUAUACGUGAACACGCCGCGCAUUUAAUAACAAUAACAACAGUAUAUGAUGAUGACAAUAAUAUAAUAAUAAUAAUAAAUUAAUUUAUGUGGGCCGAAGACGAGGACGGAAUGCUCGAUUGGCCGCGUUGACAGAUAAACACAUACAUAUAAUAUUAUAUACCAUGUACUGCGGCAAUCGUACCUAAGUACCUCUAUAUAUAGAUACGCACACGCACGAGGUAGGUACGUACCUAAAUACGAUUGUCGCUUCUCCGGCAGCGGCACACACGCUAUUGUCAUUUGUCAUUCAUACGUGCGCGAAAGUGAUUUGAGUGAAUGUACACGUUCGUUCGACGAUGACCCGGUAAACACGCGGUGAAUCAUAAUCGACUGUAUAUUACUUAUAGUAAUAUAAUGUGGUGACGAGUGCCAAAAAGCCGGCAGACAUGUUAUAGCAGUCCGCAGUGGUCCGUCCGUGGUAAGUCGCAUCCUCGACGCACUUCGUGCGUGUUUCAUCGUUCGUGCUAAAUUUCCGGUUCUGGUGCUCUAAACAAAUUUUUAUUUCACCAUUCCACAACAACUUCGUCGAUACUACUACCACUACUACUGCUAUUAAUAAUAAUAAUUAAAUUCGGACGCGUUCUACCGUUCGCGGUAUAGUGCACCUGUACCGCCAUGCGCCGAAACUUCCGCGACGACCAGUGAUCGCCAUGCGGUGGACCGGGUUCUGUAUCGUGCCGUUGCUCCUACACGCAGUGGCGACGUCAGUGGCGGGACGCUGCGAUGCUGCGGAUGUCCAGCCCGCGGCUUACCGGAGCGAUGACCGAGGUUCGUCGCCGGGACCACUGGGAUUGCGGUCGGUGAUCGCGCGCGCGCUGAGCAGCGUACGCGAAUCGACGACCGACCGUCGGCUGGCGGGCGACUUGUGGCUGGAAACUGUCGACUCCAAUCGCCGUGAUGGAUCGACGGUGGCGUCGAGGUCUCUGCCUGACGAUCUAGUGGCCCAAGCAGACGCAGUUUUCGACAACCAUCGGCUAUCGUGGCGUGACGCUAUAGUCCGAGGACUGGAUUUGAACGUGUACAAGGAUCGGGAGCUGCAACGAUACGUACUCGGCGUAACUCAGCGCACCGGCGAUUCGCAAAGUUUCGUCUCUCGGACUUUUGGCCUACGACGCCGACGAAUGCAAAUGUUCUUUAUGUUACCGGUAAUGUACAAGCUGGGCGUGAUCACCACACUGUUGACCGGUUUGGUCGUGCUCACCCUCAAGGGCGUGACAAUUGGCGUGAUACUGCUCGUCAUAGCCUUGACCGGUUUAGUAGCCAAGCUGUCCAAGUUCCACAAUCCCUACGUGUCACCAAUUCCUGAAGUAUCAGCCUGGUCGGGAUACCAUCACGACCCUUACGACCGUUCAUCGCAACAGCAAUCACCUCCACCACCUUCACAGGAUAAAAACAUACACGUGCACGUGCACACCGCACCCGGUCCUGUGCCGUCAGCGGUCGGUUAUUCGCCUGGUCCUGCGCCGUCAGCGGUCAGCUACUUGAAGGGUCCGCCGCCACUGGAUGACGACGACUUGAAUAACUACAACAAAAAUUAUUAUUAUAACGGUGGCAGACCGUAUUGGAAUCGCGCAGGCGAGGAAUACUAUGACGCCGCCGCAAUAAACCAUCGCGGCGACAACCACCUGCAACUGGGCGCCGAGUCAACGACUGCCAGCAAUAGUGUCUAUCAUCGGUGGUUAGGAUAAUAACCAAUAUUAUAUUAUAAUAUAGCAAAACCUCUGAAUACAGAACACUCAGUCGAUAACAUUUUGUCCGCUGUUUGCGGAGAUUAGUUUGUAGUUAUAGUUCUCAAAAAAACGUCAACGAUUUAGAUGUGUUCGUUAGAGGAGUUUUUACUAUAUUAUUUUAUCUAAAUUAUAUCGAUAUUAUUAAAUGGUGCGUAUCACACGCUUGUUACAAGAAGUGCUUACCCGCGUUUAAUACGAAUGAAAAAAACGUUUUCGUAUAAUUAUUAUUGUAAACAUAAUAUUAUAUAAUAUUGCUAUUAAAUUAUUAUAUUAUAUACUAUUUAACCGUAGCAUACCUUUUAUAUGAAUUGCAACGGUGGGUAGUAUAGUUACUUUACAUAGACAUAAUAUUGCCGUGCUCGGGCACGUUACAAAACACAAUAUCUGGAGGGGGGAGGUAAAUAGCAAUAAAAGUUUUAAAAUUAAAUCUUACAUGGCCGUGUCCAGAAAAACAUUUUUGAAAACAUUUUAUCUUCCCCUCCCCCCGUCACAAACACUGUUUACGUGCCUGACCAUGCGUAAUACUUACAUACUUAUGUUUGUCAAUUACACUAUACUUAGUACUUAAUACAGAAUAGUAGAAUCCUUAUUAGUUGUUAUAGACUAGCUGUUUCCUAUAGUUAUAAGUAGGUGUUAACACUUUUUAUACUGCAAUAUACAAACCAAAACUAUUAUACUAGUAUCUAUUAUUAAUAAAUAUUUUACUAUUACAAAUACCUAUACUCAAUUAAGUUAACAUUAAUAUAUUUUAUAUUUUAUUUUACGAAUGUAACACCUAAUUUAUAGAAAAAAUGAAAUCCUGUCUUUUAAAUUAAAUAUUACAAAUGAUUCGUCAUCUAUCUGUUGAGCUUACCUAUAUAAAACAUCGAAAAUAAGUAUUUUUAAAUACUGUUUAAGAUAUCAAUAUUAUACAGUGUUAUUUUUGUAUAAAAGGCAGUUGACUUAUUAUUUAAUCCGAAAAUGGAAAAAUGAUAUACCUAUUACAACUAUUUGUAUUUUUAUUAUUGUAUAUUUAAAUAGUAGGUAUUUAUAUUGAAAAAUGUAUGUGUU